CUCGUUGUGUUGUUUCCGGGCCGCGCGACGCUGUGGGCUGCUUUCCCCUUUCCGGAGUGACCUAACACAGGAUAACGAAACCUGCAGUGCUCCUAGCGCUUCCGCUCCGCCCCGUCGCGUCUGGGAGGCGAAGCCGCGAGGCGAGCGCUCUGCGCAUGCGCGGCGCAGGCGCACUUGGAGCCGGUGCUGUAACCCUCAGGUGAAGGCGGAUCCGCCAUCGUGAGUUCCAGAUAGGGUCAGAUGUGUUACUGGGCACCGCACGAUCAUGUUCACUGCAGCCUUGACCUCCUGGGCUCGAGUGAUCCUCCCACCUCAGCCUCCCAAGUAGCUGGGACUACAGGAUUUUAAAAAUGGCUGCAGCUCCUCAAGCACCGGGGCGGGGAUCUGUCCGUAAGACGAGACGUCUGGUUGUGAAGACGUCGUUGAACAACCCAUACACCAUCUGCUGGAGCCCUCUGGAGAGCGAGGAUAUGCACUUCAUCCUACAGACGCUUGAAGACAGGCUUAAAGCUAUUGGACUUCAGAAGAUUGAAGAUAGGAAGAAAAAGAACAAAACCCCUUUUCUGAAAAAAGAAAGCAGAGAGAAAUGCAGCAAUGCUGUUGAUAUUAGUGAGGAUCUGAAGGAGAAAACAGACGCUAAGCAGCAAGUGUCAGGGUGGACGCCUGCACACAUCAGGAAGCAGCUUGCCAUUGGCGUUAACGAAGUUACCAGAGCCCUGGAAAGGAGUGAACUGCUGUUAGUUCUGGUGUGUAAAUCAGUCAAACCUGCCAUUAUCACCUCACACCUGAUUCAGUUAAGCCUCAGCAGAACCGUCCCUGCCUGUCAGGUCCCCCGGCUCAGUGAGAGAAUCGCCCCCGUCAUUGGCUUAAAAUGUGUUCUAGCCUUGGGCUUCAAAAAGAACACCACUGACUUUGUGGACGAGGUAAGAGCCAUCAUCCCCAGAGUCCCCAGUUUAAGUGUACCAUGGCUUCAAGACAGAACUGAAGAUUCUGGGGAAAGUUUAGAGACUGAACCUCUGGAAAGCCAAGACAAAGAGCUUCUGGACACUUCAUUUGAAGAUCUGUCAAAACCUAAGAGAAAGCUUGCUGACGGUCAGCAGGCUUCUGUAACAUUACAACCCCUUAAAAUCAAGAAACUGAUUCCAAACCCUAAUAAGAAAAGGAAACCACCCAAAAGUAAAAAAGCUACUCCAAAGUAAUCUUGCAUAAACUUGCCAUGUCAUACUGUUUGUGAAAGCACACCUUGUGAAGAAGCCUUACAACUAAUAAAAUGAGUUAUAUUUACAUAGA